AUAACAUACUUUAUUCCCGCGAAGAAGAUAAUUCGCGGGAAAGAAUUAAUACAAGUAUUAACUUAUAAGAUCUUUAGACUUUAUAGUAUGCCCGCGAAAAUAAUUAUUAAUUAUAAAUUAGUAUUUAUAAAGGGCUUCUGGUCUAAAUUUAUAUACUAUUUAUAA